UUUUAAACGAUAUUAAUAUUAAUAUUCCCAAAAUACGAAAGCAAAUCAGGUUCUUUGCCCUACGAAGUUCGAAAAAGCUAGAGGAGGAGGAAGAAGAUGGCGCAUAGAAUACUCAGAGAUCACGACGCCGAUGGCUGGGAACGCGCUGACUUCCCCAUCAUCUGCGAGUCUUGUCUCGGCGACAAUCCUUAUGUCCGAAUGACAAAAUCUGAUUACGACAAAGAGUGCAAGAUCUGCACCCGACCGUUCACCGUAUUCAGGUGGCGCCCCGGCCGCGACGCUAGGUACAAGAAAACCGAAGUCUGUCAGACAUGCUGCAAGCUCAAGAACGUGUGCCAAGUCUGUCUCCUGGAUCUCGAGUAUGGUCUUCCCGUUCAGGCCAGAGACACGGCCCUCAACAUCAGCACUCAUGAUUCCAUCCCCAAAAGCGAUGUCAACAGAGAGUUCUUCGCCGAAGAGCAUGAUCGAAAGACGAGAGCUGGAUUAGAUUAUGAGUCUUCUUUUGGAAAGAUUCGUCCUAAUGAUACCAUUCGUAUGCUUCAAAGAACGACGCCGUAUUACAAGAGGAACCGUGCACAUAUUUGUAGUUUCUUCAUUAGGGGAGAGUGUACUAGAGGUGAAGAAUGUCCUUACCGCCACGAGAUGCCUGAGACAGGAGAGUUAUCCCAGCAGAACAUUAAAGACCGUUACUAUGGUGUGAACGAUCCAGUGGCGUUGAAGUUACUUGGGAAGGCAGGUGAGAUGGGCACAUUGGAAACUCCAGACGAUCAAAGCAUCAAGACGCUUUACGUCGGCGGGCUAAACUCUCGAGUCCUUGAGCAAGACAUAAGAGAUCAGUUCUACGCAUACGGAGAGAUCGAGUCCAUGAGAAUCUUGGCGGAGAAAGCGUGUGCCUUUGUCACGUACACGACCAGAGAAGGAGCGGAGAAAGCUGCUGAAGAGCUCAGCAACAAGCUAGUUGUCAACGGUCAGAGGCUUAAAAUCUCUUGGGGAAGACCUCAAGCUCCCAGAACUGAUCCAGAUGGCGGCGGCUCGCAGCAGCAAGGCGGUGUGGCUCAUACUGGAUUGCUGCCUCGUGCUGUGUUAUCUCAGCAGCAUAAUCAACCUCCACCGAUGCAGCAGUACUAUAUGCACCCGCCACCACCACAACAACCUCAUCAGGACAGACCCUUUUACCCGUCGAUGGACCCUCAGAGAAUGGGUGCAGUCACUUCGUCUCAAGACAGUGGUGAUAACAGAAUGCCUCCACAUGGGCAUUAUCAGCAGCACCAGCCGUACCCGCCACAGCCAUAUGGAGGGUAUAUGCAACAGCCUUACCAGCAGCAUCCUCCUUACCACCAUGGCCCACCACAAGCUGCUCAUCCUUAUCCGCAACAGCAACAACAGCCGGGUACUGGUUCAAGGCCUAACCCUCCUCCUCCGAGCUCAGUCUCUGCUCCACCACCUGAAUCUGUGUCUCAUGCACCAUCAGGGUCCUCUUCUCAGCAAUCUGCUGAGGCUGCUGUUACUGGUACGUCCCAGUAGAAACCGUUGCCGGUUUAUUCGAAUUUUUGCUUUUGUUAUUUAAAUAGACUCCAAUGUAACGACAAUUCCUGUUCAGCAAUGUGUUGCUGUUGAAUUUUAUGACGAGAGUAAUAGAAGAGAACUUUUUCAGUUUU